UCUUAGCACACAUGCUGUAACUCUGAGGGGUUGUCUGUUUCCGUGAGCCAACCAGUGUCCUGGGGCAGAGAGAGGGGAAAUAAGGCAGAGAACACGCGAAGUAGACUAGAGAGUGAGAGAGUGAAAGAAAGAAGAAAGAGCGUUAGAGUCGGGUAGCCAGAAGAGAGCAUUAAUUUUAACAGAAAAGGAUCUGCGUGUAGACUUUGGUUGUUCUUGGUUUUAGCGUAGUCCUUCUUGCUAGAGUGUGACUUUUGCAUUUGACAGCCAUGGUGGACUCAAGCGUGAAGGUGCAGCAGGUUGCCCUCAGUGAGGUAUCCGACGAUGAUGAAGAAGUGGCGCUGGUGACCACGGUGGAGGAAGAAGAAGGGGCUGAGGCAUCUACAGGGGUCAGGACAAAGAGUGAUGAGCAGGCAAGCGGUGUCGUGGUCUUAGCCCUACUGGACAAGAUCAUUGGGGUUGUAGAUCAAAUCCAGCAAACUCAAGGUGGGCUGGAGGCUCGGCAGCAAGACAUGGAGCGCUCGGUAUCAGGCAUUCAGAGCGAGCUGGCUAAGCUCUCCAAGAGCCACGCCGCUACAGCCCACACUGUGGGUAAGAUGCUGGAUAAGGUGCGCAAGGUCAAUGUGAACGUCAAGACGGUGCGUGCCGACCUGGAGAAGCAGGCAGGCCAGAUCAAGAAACUGGAGAACAAUGAAAAUGAACUGCUCAAGAGGCGCAACUUCAAAGUCUUGAUCUAUCAGGAUGUGAAGACUUCUCCAAAGGUGGAUGACUCGCAGCCCAAGGAGGGUGCCGAGGGUGCCGAGGUCGCCGAGGUCGAGGGCAAGCUGGGCCCCGAGGAAGGUGCCGAGGAGCCCUGUGACGGUGUCUCAUCUGAUGAGGAGGUGGUGAUCGAGGAGAUAAUCGAGGAGUCGCGGGCCGAACGCAUCAAGCGAAGCGGCUUGCAGCGCAUGGACGACAUCAAGAAGGCCUUUUCCAAGGAGAAGAUGGAAAAGACACGCCAACGGACCCGAGAGAAAAUGGAGAAAACGCGCCAGCGGACCCGGGAGAACAUCGAGAAGACAAAGCACACUCUGGAGAAGAAGAUGAGCAAGCUGAGCACACGUGUGGCCACCAAGGCUGAUCGCAAGGAGAAGAUGAAGUCGUCUCGGGAAAAGGGGAAGAAAUCCCGGGCUCGCUCCAAGACAUACGUCUACCGUGUGCCACCCUUCACCUUCCACGUGAAGAAGAUUCGGGAGGGGGCGCCGGAGGUGCACAACCCUGAGGAGGAAGAGGAGGAGGAAGAGGAGCCAGUCGAGGCCGAGGAGGGCGCCGAUUCCACAGAGCUCCUGGGCAAGGGAGGCACCGACGUUCAGGCCCUGAUCGAUGUGGCCGAGGACUCAAAGCUGGUGCUGGUGGAGCAGGACGGUCGGGGGGAGCGCAAGUAGCGCAGGGGACUGUGCUGGAGCCCAGGGGUGGGUGGAGAGGGGGUGUGGGGGGGCAUCAGUGUGUGAAGAGAGGGAACAGGCUCAGUUUGGCUUACCUUUGCGCAUCGUCUGCGUUUCCCCCAUUAUUAACCAUCCUUCUGAGUGACGGUGCUGGGACUGUUACACAGGAAAGUAAAUCCAGUACUUCUCUUUGCCUACUACGUGAAUUUGUUUUUUUAUGCUUCUUCAUUUUAUUCUAUUCUCUUUUUCUUUUGGGCAAAACCAAUUCCCCUGUGUUUUAUGCGUCAUCACUCUGCUUUUCGAUACGGUGGUUUCAGUAUGUGGAUAUUAGGAGGAAAGUAAGGAGGUACUCAUUUUGAAAUUGUAAUGUGUAACGCACUGCGUGUCAGUAAUUUCAGUUGUGAGACUCGCUCUGGAAACUGUGAGGGCAGCGGCGUCACUAGGGGCAGUGUGGGGGGUGACACCAAAAUGACUGUCUAUAAAAUUUUUGUGCAGCGUUUCAGCAGAAAUGU